GAAGGAACGACAGCCGCAUUCAUUGGCUUCAAUGUUCUUUCUGCCACAGGGACUGAAUUAUAUAAUCACGUUGGAAGUCCUGCAUUAAACGCAUUUGGAGCGCUUUUCCGAGUUCAGCAGAAGGCAUAGCGAGGUCCUGUCUUGUAGCAGGCAGCUAGCAUAGGCACAGUCUCCGCGAUGAGCAGAUGAACGUCGUCGCAAGCUGGCCUUGAUGGACACGAGACAGACAUGUCUCGAGACGCCCUCCCUCUCUACCACCCGAGCAACAAUGCUCCCUCCCGUGCCACAUCACAGAGCCUACAACCUCCCGCGGAUGCUCCCAAACGCGGCCACUCCCGCGCAAAGUCACGGGUCAAGAUACCGGGCCAACAGUCGGUGACAUCCAUCCACGCCCAACUCAGCGCAGAGCAAGUCGCAGAACGACAUUCCACCUCGUUGAGCCAUGGCCUGCACCCCUCGGACGCCAACACACGCCUGCACGUGCAAGGACCCAAUGAGCUCCCCCGCGAGGAGCCGGAGGCGUUGUGGCUACGCUUCGUCAAGCAGUUCCAGGAGACGCUCAUCCUGUUAUUACUGGCAAGCGCCGCCAUCUCCGCCAUCAUGGGCAACUUCGAGGAUGCGGUGAGCAUAGCGGUGGCAGUCACGAUCGUGGUGACGGUGGCAUUCGUGCAGGAGUACCGGAGUGAGAAGAGCUUGGAGGCGUUGAACCAAUUGGUCCCGCAUAGCGCGCAUGUUAUACGAAGUACCGCCAGCAGUCGGCCGAACGGAUCGGCCCAAGCAAAUGGCACACCGCAUGGCCCUGGCACGGCUGACUUGGGCACGGCGGAGAAGGCGAGCACGACCAUCUCCGCCUCGCAGCUCGUGACGGGAGAUUUGGUGCUGUUUCAUACGGGCGAUCGCAUACCUGCUGACAUCCGCAUCACGCAUUCCGCGGACCUGAGCAUAGACGAGAGUAAUCUGACGGGCGAGAAUGAGCCGGUUGGCAAGACGGCGGAAACACUAAGCCCGGGACAGCAUGGGGUGAACGGCAGCAUCAGCACACCCUUCUCCGCACCCAGCAUGGGCGGUGAGUUGCGAUUGAACGAGCAACAUAACAUCGCAUUCAUGGGUACAUUAGUACGAACAGGAUACGGCCAGGGUAUCGUGAUCGGCACAGGCGGAGAGACAGAGUUUGGCGCAAUCAGCGCAAGCCUGCAGGAGAUUGAAUCCCCACGCACACCCCUGCAACUAUCUAUGGAUCGACUGGGCAAGGACCUGAGCUACAUGUCCUUCGGCGUCAUCGGCCUGAUCAUGCUCGUCGGGCUCUGGCGCGGCCUGCGCUUCCUCGAGCUCUUCCAAAUCGGCGUUUCUCUCGCCGUAGCCGCGAUACCGGAAGGUCUCCCCAUCAUCGUCACCGUCACGCUGGCCCUCGGCGUACUACGCAUGAGCAAGCGCAAUGCGAUCGUACGCCGACUGCCCAGUGUGGAGACGCUGGGCAGCGUGAACGUGGUGUGCUCGGACAAGACCGGCACGCUGACGAUCAACCACAUGACCGUCACCAAACUGUGGGGGUUUGGAUCCGAUGCGCCGGAGGAGGUGGGUAAAGUGCAUAAGACUGCACCGAAUGGGCCUAUCACGCAGGCAAUUCUAAGAACGGCGAAUAUUGUCAACAAUGCCCGUUUGAACACGCAUGUCCAGACGCAGGGACACGUGUCGUCGGCGGCGGCCCAGGCGGUGUUGGCGAGCACAAGAAGUGGGGAGGAAUUGGCGGCGGCGAAGAGUCGGUGGGCUGGUCAGCCGACUGAUGUUGCUUUACUCGACUUACUCGACGCUUUUGGCGAGGAUGAUAUACGGGAGAAGCUUGGAGCGCGGAAGCACGAGAUCCCUUUCUCCAGCGAGCGGAAAUGGAUGGGUGUCGCGAUCCAAGGCCAAGACGGCGAGGAGCGGGCGUACAUCAAAGGCGCGCUUGAGCGAGUGCUGGGCCGCUGUGAUCGAUACCUCGACGCUCAAGGACAGGAAGUCGUACUGGACGACAAAGCCCGCAGACGCGUCGAAGAAGCCGCCGACACAAUGGCAGAAGAAGGCCUGCGCGUGCUCUCCUUCGCCUCCGGACCCGUUCGUACACCCGAACGCACACCCACCGCACCCUCCCGAUCCUCCACCCGCUCCGGCGCCUCCACCCCGGCCUCCGUCAACGGCGACAGAUCAGCAUCCUCCACCCACGACGACACCUACACCUCCCUAACCUUCACCGGCCUCGUAGGCAUGUCCGACCCGCCCCGCCCCGGCGUCGACCGCAGCAUCCGCCGCCUCAUGGCCAGCGGGGUCAAAGUCAUCAUGAUCACCGGCGAUGCCGAAGUCACCGCCCUCGCCAUCGCGAAGAAACUUGGCAUGCCCCUCAACUUCUCCUCCGCGUUGGGCAGUCCCGUCUUGCGAGGCGAUCAGCUAGACGCCAUGUCCGAAGCGGAGUUGGCGGAGCAGAUUCCCCGCGUGACUGUUUUCGCCCGCACGAGUCCCGACCACAAACUCAAAAUCAUCCGGGCCUUGCAAAGUCGCGGGGACGUCGUGGCCAUGACGGGCGAUGGUGUGAACGACGCCCCCGCGCUUAAAAAGGCCGAUAUUGGCAUCUCCAUGGGUCGGUUGGGGACGGACGUCGCGAAAGAAGCCGCCGAUAUGAUCCUCACGGACGACGAUUUCAGUACGAUAUUGAGCGCGAUCGAGGAAGGGAAGGGGAUCUUUUGGAACAUCCAGAAUUUCCUGACCUUUCAGCUCAGCACGAGUGUCGCGGCGUUGGGGCUCGUGAUGAUGAGUACGUUGGGCGGGUGGAGGAAUCCGUUGAAUGCUAUGCAGAUCCUUUGGAUUAACAUCCUAAUGGACGGCCCCCCCGCCCAAUCCCUCGGCGUGGAACCCGUCGACCCAGCCCUGCUCACCUCUCUGCCCCCGCGACCCCGACACGCCCGCGUCCUCAGCCCACGACUCAUCAAACGUGUCCUCCAAUCCGCCGCCGUCAUCCUGCUGGGCACCCUCUUCACCUACGUCCGCAACCUCACCCCGGAAGACCUGGCCGCGCACAGCGUCAGCGCGCGCGACACCACCCUCACCUUCACCCAAUUCGUCAUCUUCGACAUGUUCAACGCCCUCACCUGCCGCAGCUCCACCAAAAGCGUCGUCCUGGGUGAAGUCCCGCUCGGGUGGUGGUGGGGAAGUAGUAAAAGUGGGAGGGGAAAUGUCAUGUUCAAUUAUGCUGUGUUGGGGAGUCUGGUGGGGCAAGGGAUGGUGGUGUAUUUCCCGCCGUUGCAGCGCGUGUUUCAGACGGAGGCGUUGGGGGUCGGGGAUUUAUGCGGGUUGGUGGCGAUGGGGAGUCUCGUGUUGUGGGUGGAUGAGGGGAGGAAGUGGUGGGAGCGAAGACGAGGCGGUGGGGGAGGGUUGGCGGGGUAUAGUCGGCGGGUGUAAGUCCAGAGUUUGUAGGUAGGGAGAUGAAUACUUUACUGUUUGCUCCGAACAAAAGUGCACUCGUGCGUAGGGGUGAGAUAUGGGUCAGAUAGGCUUGUGCUUAACCGGGAACCUGGUCGGCGUGACUCGAGGGUGAGCAUGAGUGGUUCGUGAACAACAUGACGCAGACGAGUAUGGUGUCCGGGGAAGAAGGAGGUUUAUACUCAUCGGCACGUCCCCUUAACUUAAAAGUGUACUGCCCGCUAUGCCCAUCAUGUUGCGGAGACAUAGGGCUUGCAAGUCGUUGGUCUCGGGACGGGGCCAGUCGGGAGG